UUUUUCUCGGGGUCUUGCCUUGUUGGAAUUUCAGCAUAGCCGUGCGCGCCAUGAAUAACCGCUCUCAUUUCAGCCCCUCUUGUUCCUUUCUUCUCCUCCUCUUUCCGAUCGUCGUUCCCGCUCUCAGAGUCGCUGGUGCUUGUCCACUGCUGGCUCCGGCUGGGGCUCUUAGCAGUGGGUGCACACGACAGCUGUGUAUGCAACAGCGCUGCCCACUCUGCCUACUCGUCCUCGCCCUCCUCCCGCCCAAGCUGCACUUUUUUCUUGCACAAGCCAACGUUUCUCAUUCGGGCCCGCCUAUCGCAGGUCGGUCCUCUCGUGGUUCUGGGUUUGCUCGGCACAUGUCUUGGGCACCAUUGUUAGUUGGGGACCGUGUGCCGGCCUCUGGCCUUGGCGGGUAGAGAUGGCGCCGCGCGCGGAGUGGCUUGGAUGGCGGCGGGCAGCCCUGGCCUGCACUGCGUGGGUGCUGGCCGGCACUGGAGGCAGCGACAGGCGAGGCCCAGCCUUCGCGCCGCCCGCUGGCGCCCCCGCGGCUUCAGCGCGCGGCGCCAGCGCGCGGCCCGCUCUGGGAGCGCUGGCGCUCGGCUCUGCCGUGGCUGUCCGUGCGGCAGGGCUGGCGGUGCAGCGGUGCUGGGCCACCGCUCGCGCCACAUCGCAGGGACCACGGCCAGGCGCACGGGCUCGGCCUCCGCGGCAGGGAAUCUAUUGCGCUGCCGAGGCAUCAGGGGCCACGGGCAUCUCCGCGCCGGGGCCGCUUGGCUUGAAGGCCUGGCGCGCUCUUCCGUCUGAGCACCCAGACAACCUGGCCAAGCUGCUGCGGGACCAGUAUAACGACAUCGUCCUCGAGGAGAUCGACGCGACGCCGCUGCGCAGCACCGUGGUUCUUCCUUUGCCCUCCGUGGCAGUGCCUUGUGUCGGCCAGGUGAGGAAGACGAGGCUGUCGUGGGAGCAGGCCCGCGUGGCGUGGAGCGCCGCGGAGGGCUUCCUCGCGUGCGUCCCGCUCAUCCGGGAGAGCAUGGCGCUUCCGCGGGGCGGGGUGGGCGUGGAGCUCCUGAGCACGGAGGCCGAUGGCGGCGAGGACGGGGUCCUGGCAACACUGCGUGGAGUGACCUGCCUGCGGCUGCUCGACAGGGCCAACCUCGACGAUGGCUCCCCGCAGAGGCGGCUCGUUCAGGAGGUCUGCGAGUGGUCCGGCGACCAACCUUCCUCCGCCGCGGCGCAGCGUGCGAUGGAGGAGCUGGCGCGCCUGGAGUCCCUGUUCCGGGCGUGUGGCGAGCUGCAGGAGCGGACGGGCAUCUGGGGGGCGGGCGACCUGCGCUCCAGGUCGCUUGCGGAGCUGACGGACGCGGCCCAGAACACCAUGGACGGCGUGUUCAUGGCCGGGCUCGGCGACGGCGCCGGCGAUUCCGUGCAUGCCGCCGCGCAGCGGCGCCUGGCGCUCGCGGGGCACGCGGCAGUCUCGGCGCUCGCGAGCAAGCGUGAAGAGUUCCUCUGCGACCCCACCCGCACCCUGGAGCGCAUCAGGCGGCUGAGCAAGUUUCUGUCGCUGAUGGAAGACGUCCUGCGGCGGCGCGUGGGGUGACCAGCUCGCUGCUCUCGGCGUCGGGAGCCGAGCGGCUUGCAGGGCGUGGCCUCCUCCUUCUCCUCCUCCUGCCGGCCCGCCAGCCGCACAGCUCACGCCGGCAGA